AGGAUGGGUUGGGUCAAGGUUUCAGACUGGUUCGAAAGUUCGAAACUCUGGUCGAGGACUCGAGGGUCUCUGAGUAAGGGUCAAGGGUUUCCUCUGCCAUUCUAUGCUCUCUGUCGUUCUUUCAUCAUUCUCAAGUCGUUUCCCCGCCAUUAUCUGAGUAAGGGUCGACGGUUUCCUCCUGCCAUUCUCUUCUCUCUGCCGUUCUUUCAUGAAGGUUUCUCCGCCAUUAUCUGAGUAAGGGUCGAGGGUUUCCUCUGCCAUUAUCUGGUCUCUGCCAUUCUUUCACCAUUCUCACGGUCGAAAGUUUCUCUUCCAUUCUCUGAGUAAGGGUCGAGGGAGCGGCUUCUUUUCUCUCGCUGCCCGUGCAAGGUGCAACCUCAAAGGAAAAGAGCAGAAAGGAUCAAUCAUCAAGGUAAAAGCUUCUCUUUAGCAGAAUUCAUAAUGGUGGAUUUAUGGGUGACUCUUUUGGGGGCAGCAAUACCAGCUGUUGUUGCAGGUCAAGCUUUGAGGAUGAGAAAAAGACGUGCGGAGGAACAGAGGUUGAAGAGUGCAAGAGGACGGGAGAAGAGCUCUGAUGAUAUAUUUGUCUGUGAGAGGGUAUGUACAUCAAAGAGGAUGUUGAAGAAAGUUGGUGCAUUCUCCAAAGACCCAACUCCUGAUACUUGUGUUACUGUAUGUGGUGUUUCUGCACUUGAUGCUUGCACUGAUGCCUGUGCUCGCACUGUUUGCGUUAAUCAACAUCAAGUACCUAAUUGGAAUGAUAUUUGCCUUAGGAGGUGCCAGAUCUGGAUUUCCUCUUCGUUGUUCAACUCGGGCAUUUUGAGUAUCUAUUGACUUGGAUAUAUCUCACUUAUGCACAAUUAUGGCCUCCCUAAUUCCAUCCUCCGGCAGUUUUGCAAUAAAUUCAAGGAUGGGCCACACGCAUCUUGAUCUUCAAUUUUAGCUUUUCGCACUCUGCUGUACUUAUUCCCUCCUGCACCAAAACACAUUGCCCAUAUUCCAUUUUCCUAAUACCUAAAUGCUAAGUCGAUUCUCAUGUUGGGUAAAUUUAAGUAUUUUCCGGUGAGCGUUGAAAUAAUUGCUCUCAAAUUCUCAAGCACUGUUCUGAUCAUUGUUUGGUUGGUCUUAAUUAUUCAAUCGAUUCAUUGGACCUUUGUUCUGGUUCCAGAUUUGUAUAGUUCUUUCUCCUGACCAGAAUUGCUUCCUAAUACCCAAGAUUUUAUCCGAAGAUGGCAUCAGAUUGCAUCUUCAUCUCUAAGCACGGCACAGCAAGAGUGGGAGCGCUGACCUGUGAAUAGAUCUUUCUUACCGAAAAAUAAACAAUUAAAUGUUUAAAACUUUGAUGGUGCUGCUUUGGUAAUACGGGAGAUUCUAGAGGCUAGAAGUUCUAGAAAUAAUCAAGAACGGCGGCUUCUAGGAUACUGGGACCUACAGGCAUGGGCCCAGUUUGGGUUGGCUUAAGGGCCCGAUUGGGAGGGCUUAAGCUUUUGUUGAGCUGCUAUUAAGAAGCUACUUUGGUUGAUGUAAGCCAUGUUUGGUGAUAAUUGUGUUCCUACUAUUCAAAAGCUGAGUAGAAGAGUGUAAUUGAUAAAAAUGCCCUUUAUUGUGCAUUCUAUAAACUCUACGGGGAUGUAGUCCAAGUAAACUCGGUUUUGAGCAGAGUCAUCUGUAUGAAAUUCCAUUUUUUACCCAGUCCAGUUUUGGGGGUAUGACCAAAUCGGCUAGGGGCCUGGGUCACGGUUCAACUGGUCCAACAGGUUUCUAUUCCAAUUUUCUAAACACUGAUAUUUUGGCCUAUUAUAGGCUGGUUAGGGAUUAAAGUUUUGGCCCUUGGCUUGGUAGCAUAUUUCGAAAGCCAACUACUUGUUUUCUUGCCUAAC